AUGCAUGCACCCGAAUACAUGCACGCACCACCUGCUAUCUCUCUUCUCGGGACUCCUUUUUUGAACUCCGCCUGCUCCCUGGGGACUUCUAGAAUUCGUGUUCGCGACAUCAAUGACGCCUUCAAGGAGCUUGGCCGAAUGUGCUCAAUGCACUUGAACAGCGAGAGGCCGCAGACUAAGUUGACCAUCUUGCAGCAAGCCGUAUCGCUUAUUACUAGCCUGGAACAGCAAGUUAGAGGUCAGUUAAACGUUUUACCCUACUAG